AUGACAGGACAGAACACUAUUGCGCAGCAAGACGGAUGGAACUCAAGGCUCCUGUCGCCAGGUACAUCGUCAAAGCAACCUGAUGGAAUGGUUGCGAAGAAAACAGGUUUACUUGCACAUACCACCUCUUUCUCUCUCACACCGUCGCCUUCCUCACGCAUGGGGAAACUUGUGAUUACAGUGGCUGAAAAAAAGAGAAGGCACCCAAGGAAAUACACGGCGCCUCACACAGAAAAAAAUAAGACACAAGAGAGCGCAAUUUACACAACACAUACCCCCCCGCUCCUGUUUUCACUGCGGCAGCCUUAA